CAUGAUUUUAAACUUUCAUAACCUUUUAAAUGUACGUAUAAUCUGUAUGCGUCAUGAAUUGUUUAAGAUAGCCAAAAGCGAUGGAUGAUCCUACAAAGUGGUCUUGUAAUGAAGUCAGUAACUGGUUGAAAAAUAAUGGGUUUCAAAAAUACUGUCAGUUGAUCUGUGUUGAACACCAAAUUGAUGGACAAGGACUUUUAAGUUUAACAGAAAAUGAUUUAAAACAAUCGCCAAUAGAAAUACGGGUACUAGGUGAUGUAAAACGAUUGACCCAUUUGAUUAAAUCAUUGAAAACAAAGUGCGUCGGAAAAAGCAAUGGUACAGUUGUGUACAAUGGCGUUAUUCCGAUGCCACGGCAGACUACUUUACAGAUGGUGGAAAGAAUCAAUGCGCCAAUAGAUAUUUCAGACAUUGAAUGUAACGAAUUCGAUCCUACCAUAACCCAGCAGUCCAGGAACAUAGAUCCUGAAAAGCGCAAGGCUGGACUUGCCGUUCUUUACAUGAUAUUUGGAUUACUUUGUACCUGUUAUUCUAUAGUGGUCGUACAGGCCAAAGCACCUGACCAACAGAAACAUCCACCUUUACCAGACAUAUUUUUGAACUACUUUCCUCAAAUAUCAUGGGCACAUAAAGUUUCAGAAGGAGCAGUUUUAUCUCUUAUGGUGACAUGGAUUAUCGUUGCUGUUCUAAAUAAGCACAGGUGGAUUCUGAUGCGUCGCACUUUUUGUUUGUUGGGCACUAUGUAUUUACUUAGGUGUGUAUGUAUACUGAUCACCCAGCUACCAGUACCAGAAACAAAUGUUAUAUGCGAUAGAAAGAAUUAUACUGAUUUUUUGUCUCGAGCAGGAAGAACCUUAGAGAUAUUUUUUGGUGCUGGUUUGAAAGUAUCUGGUCUAAAAACAUGUGGAGAUUACAUGUUUAGUGGUCAUACCGUCUCAAUGACGAUGUUCAAUUUCUUUAUAACAGAAUAUACACCGAAGAAGAUGUGUUAUGUACAUAUACUUUCAUGGAUUAUAAAUUUGGUCGGAAUGUUUUUCAUAUUAGUAGGCCAUGGCCAUUAUUCCAUUGAUGUGUUUGUAGCUUUUGUGUUUACUUCACGUUUGUUUUGUUAUUAUCACACACUUGCAAACAAUAUCAAUCUAAUGUCAAGAGAUUCCAAGAAAACCAAGAUAUGGUUUCCAGUAUUUUCAUAUUUUGAGUCAAAAUCAACGGGAGUUAUUCCAUUAGAGUUUGAGUGGCCAUUUACCUCUUGGACAAAACUAAAGAAUUAUCUCAGGGGAUACGAAAUAGUCUCCUCAAAGGAUAAAAGUUAGCACUUAAAAUUUGUGUUAUCGUUACCAUACACAUGUAUAUAUAUAAUCGUUGAUUGCCUUAUUAGACUGACAGAUUACUGUUGAAGUCGCAGGAUAUAGAGAGUGCUGUGAUCUACGCAUUACCUUAUGGGAUUGACACACUAUUGUGAUAGGUUAACAGAUUACCUCAGGAUUCGCUGUGGUCUACGUAUUACCUCAUUAGAGUGACAAACUGCUGUUAUAGGUUAACAGAUUACCACCGGAUUCUGACAGGCAGCCGCGAUAGGUUCACGGGGCUUUUGUUUGCAGUGUUUGAUUGGAUCAACCAGGAGAACAGCAGAUAUAAAUAUGGAUGUAAAUCGAAAACAUUUGAAUUACAAUCGGUUAUAAAAACAUUUAUAAGUAUAUGGAAUAGAAUCUGGAUUUAUUUUUCUGUUAUUCUAACAAAAGAAUGUCCAGUUACAAAAAUGAUCAAAUAUUAAGUUAGUCCAACUCCGAACAAUAGAUUACCUAAAUGAUGGGUGAUAAAUGGAUAAUUACAUUAAGGGUUAUUCGACUAUGGGUUGGUUCAGUCGUACGGACCUACUGUUCUGCACGUUUAAACUCCAUUCCACAAUAAAGACGGUCAAAAUAUUACAAAUAAGUAUAAAUAUUAAUGAAUUAAAAUUUGUAUGUUGUGGUAAAGUAUAAACGACGAUUUCAAAAAUAUAUUGACGUUGGAAUCCAUGUAAAUGGUAUAUAUAGAAUGUUGUUAUGUUGUGAAGUUAGCUGUUGUGUUGAUUCCCGGCAGACUCUCAACAGACGAACUACAUCUGUGAGAGCUGGUUCUGGGACUUUACAUACUGGGGGAAACUAGCUGUUGCCAAUGCCUUGGAUGGAGUAUGGCAUUGCUGCCGAUGUAAAGGCAGGCCGGACGUUGUUGCCGAUGUAGAGGCAGGCCGGGAUCGACUGACACCUAUAAGUUUCAAAAUUCAAACUUUUUAAUAAAAUAAAUAAAAACAAAAAUAAUACAAAACAUUUACAAACAACAAUUAAGUGAAACAAAUAUUUU